UGCCCCUCUCCGGUCUGGCUUGGCUGCGAGCCAGCAGUUUCUCGGCGCGCGGCAGCUGGGCGCAUGCGCGUCGUGAGGCGGCUCGGCUACGUUGCUGCGCGAGAGCUCUUUAGAUUUAAUAAUGAAGUAAAGCCCGCGGAGCGCGAGAGCGCCCGAGCUAACUUUAGAGACAUAAACAACAGUAAGCAAAAAGAAAAAAAAAAGGAAAAAAAAUACGACAAAUACGCGUAAGCCUACGCGCGCAAGGGCCCGCGUGUGCGUUUGUGCGUUUGUGCGUGUGCGCUUGUGCGAGCGGGUUUGAGUAUUUGUGUGUAGCUGUUAGGGUUUCUUUCUUUCUUUCCUUCUUUCUUUCUUUCUUCUUUUUGGACAGUUCCGCACCGGUGCGGUAGCUCGGGUGAGUUUGUGGUGAAGUUGUCGUGCAGGAGGUCUCGCGCUGACAGCGGUGCGCGCGCUCUCCGCACAGCCGCCUUUUUGCUCCGCCGCGCUCCCGGUCGCUCGAGCGCGUGAAUAGUUUUGGACGAGCAUGUGAACGGAGUGAACGGAGACGCACCGUUUGGACCGUUUCAGAGAUCUCUGACCUCUCAACUCCGCAGAGUCGCUGGAUCAAAACUUAACAGGGUGGAAGUGAUCAACUGAUGGAGAAUACACAGGAGCUGACCGAGCAGGCGAGUUGCAGAGGAGAAUAAAAAAGAUACAGGGACACCGACAUUAACAGCAAAUGGAAGAAACACGCACACAAAGACAAGGCUAAAAGGUGCUGACAAAUAAUAGAAAAAUCCUCAGAGGUGAAGAAAUCUCUCUCUGAUCCUCCCGCUUCAGACCCUUCUGACAACAGGUCAUUGGAGAUGCAGGAAUUAACCAGCCCUCAGCACACAGUCGCCAGUGGCAGCGAUGGCAGCUCCAAACUGGACAAGAGUCUCCUCACUAACAGCGUCUCCACCAAUGGAACUGGAGGCGAGAACAUGACCGUUCUAAACACGGCUGAUUGGCUGCUGGGCUGCAGCUCUCCGCCCACUGCCCCAAGUACGAAGGACUAUGUAAAGACAGAGCCGCUGAACAGCAGUGAAGCAGUCAGCACAGCAGGAGAUACAGGGCUGGACACUUACACAGGGUCAGUUAUAACCAGCAGUGGAUUCAGUCCUCGACCUGCACAUCAGUACUCACCUCCCCUUUAUCCUUCCAAGCCUUAUCCGCACAUCCUGUCCACACCUGUGGCUCCGCCCAUGUCUCCCUACACUGGCCAGUCCCAGUUCAGCAGCAUGCAGCAGUCUACGGUGUAUACACCAUACUCUCAAACCACACAACCUUACGGCCUCUCCACCUAUGCGGAUUUAGGGGUGAUGUUACCUGGGAUAAAGACAGAAGGGGGGCUGUCCCAGACCCAGUCCACCCUCCAAUCAGGGCUCAGCUACAGCCCAGGAUUCACCACCCCCCAGCCUGGACAGACGGCCUACUCGCCCUAUCAGAUGCCAGCAUCAGGGUUUACAUCCUCCCCUGGCCUCUACACCUCAAACAACUCCGUGUCCAAUCCAGCCAACUUCAGCACACAACAGGAGUAUCCCUCAUAUACAGCAUUCGGGCAGAAUCAGUACGCUCAGUAUUACUCUGCCUCCUCCUAUGGCUCCUAUAUGACAACCAACAGCACACUGGACACCACAGGCUCCACCUCCAGCUAUCAACUGCAAGACCCCACCCCUGUAAUCACAGGACAGGCUCCUGAGAUGCACCCAGGCGAUUUUGAAGCGGGGCAGAGUCCUUCCACACCCAUCAAGGAACUGGACGACCGGACAUGCCGUGGGGGCGGGACUAAAGCCAGGGGGCGUGGAAGGAAGAACAACCCCUCCCCUCCUCCUGAUAGUGAUCUGGAGAGAGUGUUUGUUUGGGAUCUGGAUGAGACCAUCAUUGUCUUCCACUCACUUCUCACUGGAUCUUAUGCACAGAAAUAUGGAAAGGAUGCUCCGAUGGCAGUGACACUGGGUUUGAGAAUGGAAGAGAUGAUCUUUAAUCUUGCAGACACGCAUCUCUUCUUUAAUGACUUAGAGGAAUGUGAUCAGGUGCACAUUGAUGACGUGUCAUCAGAUGAUAAUGGACAGGACCUUAGUACUUACAGUUUUGCCACUGAUGGCUUCCAUGCAGCUGCGACUAGCGCAAGCCUCUGCUUAGCCACAGGCGUCCGGGGCGGAGUGGACUGGAUGAGGAAGCUGGCCUUCCGCUACAGACGAGUGAAGGAGUUGUACUGCACGUAUAAAAACAACGUGGGCGGGCUCUUGGGUCCGGCUAAGAGAGAUGCAUGGCUUCAGCUCAGGGCCGAAGUUGAGGCUCUGACGGAUUCAUGGCUCACCACCGCACUCAAGUCCCUGUCAAUCAUCAGCUCCAGGAGUAACUGUGUUAAUGUCUUGGUGACUACGACACAGUUAAUACCAGCUCUUGCUAAGGUGCUGCUCUACAGCCUGGGCUCGGCUUUUCCUAUCGAAAACAUCUACAGUGCAACUAAAAUAGGAAAAGAGAGUUGCUUUGAGCGAAUAAUACAAAGGUUUGGCAGGAAGGUAGUGUAUGUUGUUAUUGGGGACGGUGUGGAAGAGGAGCAGGCUGCUACCAAGCACAACAUGCCGUUCUGGCGAAUAUCCAGCCACUCGGACCUGCUCGCCCUCCACCAAGCACUGGAAUUCGAGUACCUGUAACGCUCGACAGCUGUAUCAUAGGCCUCUUUUUGUACAACUAUUUAAGAACAACAUUACACUGCAGUCUCCUUUUAUGUUGGUUUGCGUCCUCUGUCUUUUUAAUUAUGAUUUCUCUGGCUUCUGAGAUAACUCUGCACUGUCUUAAAAAGACUCGGUCUGUCUGGAGAAAGGGGCAACAGGGGGAUUUUAACGCUCAAAACGGGCUCAUCAAGCACUCACAAAAGGUCUUACAUUAUAUACACACUGCAUUUCGGUGGGAUCUUCAUUUUUCCGAGACAAACAAAACUGCUUCAAUGUCCUCUCUAUUCAGAGGAGCUUCAACCCCAUAGUGCAGUUUUCCUCUGAUAUAAACCAAUAGAUCUGUACAAUCUAGCAUAGAUUAAUUAAUAACUCAUGUAAAUUAUUUUACAGGAACUCCAUUUAACAUUAAAGACUGUGUUUGCAUUUUUUUUUUUCAUUUGGUCUUUUUGUAAGUUUUUGGCAAAGAAGUAUGUGUAUAAUUUGUCGUGCCUUAUGAACUGUUUUGUGUGGGGUUUUUUUGUUCAUUUUGAAAAUGUAUGUAGAUGAACAACAAAGACUGAAAAUGAAAGAUUGAACACUC